AUGGAUGGAUCAACCACUCCAACUACUGAUACCAAUAUUAUCAAUAACACUAGUAAGACUAGUAAUUCAUUUCAAUCAGAAGAAGAUAGAUUAAAAAUGGCAGAACAAGAAAGGGAUCAAGUACAAGAACAAAUGCUAAUACGGAAACUAGAAGGACAACAACAACGGCAACAUCAUCACAAUAAUUUUCAACAAGGAUAUCAUCAUAAUUAUCAACAGCAACAAGGACAAUAUUCAUCAGUUCAACAACAAUCUCAAUCAACGCAUUCUCCAGCUACUAACUUCCCUUCAAAUUCAUCACAUCCUUAUGACUCGGUAACUCCACCACAGCAACAACCACCUUCAUUCAAUCAAAAUAUCAAUCAAAAAGAUUAUAGAACAUCAGUGCCACCACCACAAUCUCAACCAUCUGUUUAUAAUUAUUUCGAAAAUCAAAAAACAAUGAUGAACAAAUUAAAUAACUUGGAAGAGCCAUAUGAAAUGCAAAUUGAUGACAAUAAAAUGAAAACGGGUUCUGGUUUACUUAACUUUGAAACUAUGUUAGAACUAGGAAUUUAUAACCCAUCUUAUAACAAUCGUAGAUAA